GCGCACGUUAUCGGUCUCGGGCGGUGCGGUCGGCCUCCGGAUUCGCGUGCCCAAACGUUCGCGCGGUGUUCGCGAAUCACACGGACAACUUCGGUGACCUCGCGCGGGGUAGGUUCUCGCGACACGUGCGGGUACCAAUCGACUGUCGGGUUUGCAAUCCAUCGGGUUGACGAUUUGAUCGGAUUUGGCGGGAGGUGAGGGGCGAGCGAGCGGUAUUUUCCAGAGUAAAGGGCCCCGCAAAUAACCCCCUCAGACCCAUCGUCUGCGUCGGGGGUAUAGGGUACUACACGGUUACACACGUCGUUUGGCACCCGACUCGACCUGACCCGGUCGACCCGGACGGGGACGGGUGUCGCGUUUCGAGACGUCGUCGUCAUUGGAAUAGCGCUGCGGUGAAGCGAUCGAGCGUGUACGACGACGGUAUUAGGUGCGACCCAGCGGAGCGGCGAUUCCGUCGGGCGGAGGCGGCCGUGUCCGUUCACGUUGGCACGACUGCAACAGCCGCCGCAAUCGCGGCUGCCGGCCGCCGGUUUGUCGAUUCGGCUUUCGGCGAGGCCGUCGCCGCCGCCGCCGCCCGCGUGUAGCGGCGGAGCGGGGUAAACGUCCGGUGAAACGCGCGUAAACAACACGCACGCGAACCACGUCGUUACGAACACCCGUGCCGUCAGUGUCCCCGUCUUUCCGUGCGUACACCCGCGGACGUACAGAUACACUCGCGCAAAUCUAUAUCGACGACGACCUACCCUCGAGACGCGCGCCAUGUCCGGCAAAGGUUCGCUGGAAGUCAGCCGUCUGAUAGCCGAAGUGCACCGGAGACCAGAGCUGUGGGACCGGCAACACCCGCAACACCACAACAGGUCCGUGCUGGACCAUCACUGGGAGUCCGUGGCCGCUAUUCUCGGCAUUACCGGUAAAGCUUCCCGGGGGAAAUGGAAAAACUUAAAAGAUCAUUUCCGUAAAGAAUACAAAAGGUGUAUGACUAGUAUAGAAAGUGAUCAAGAAAUGUCUAGAUGGCCAUAUUUCCAUUCUAUGAUGUUCAUCAAAGAUCAAAUCUCACACACCGUCACAAAUUCUGCGUAUCUGUCAGAUUUACAAUAUCAAAACAUAUAUCCAGAAGUUGAAUUAAAAGAAGACGCCGUGUCGGACGAAGAAAAUCCCUUGAACUGUCUUAACAUUGAGUACGACAAUCAAAAUUUAGUCGAAGUUAAAUCAGAGUAUUCGAAUCAAGACGAAAAUAUUUCCGAUGACAAACAUUUCUUAUUGAGUCUUUUACCAAUGUUAUCCACGCUCCCAAUGGAUAAAAAACUCGUUGCUCGGAUAGCAAUCGAAACGUCGUUGCUCAACAUAGCUUACCCAGAUCUGAGUACAACGGACAAUUUUCACGACGAACAAACGGGUACCAUACAAACGUCGCCUAAAAAGACUGAAAAAAGAAAAAAAGUCACCGAAGAUGAGCGCCACCCAAAGAAGCGUUCGGUAAAUUCAAAAAAAAUUUGUUGAUAUUCAUUACCCAUUUCAUGAAUUAUAUUUUGUAAUAAAAAUAAAUUGUAAAUAUUAUUAUUUUUCUUUGUAUUAUUAAUUAUCAUUAUAAUUAUUAUUAUUUUUGUUUUUAUUAAAUUUGAAUUAGAAUUUCAAUAGAUAACA